AUGCGUCGGGCGCUCCGCAGAGGACAUGCCACCGUUGGUGCUGCUACUGCUGUUUCCUCAUUGCCCUCGUCAUCAACACCACCAUUUACGUCGUCGUCGUCGCCGCUCAUUACGGUCAUGCGUGGUGUGAUUCAGUCCAACAGCAGCAAAGGCCUUCGCAGUGUUCUCGAGCAGUACGAGGACCUCAAGCUGGUGCGACAGCUGCGCAAUAAUGGUAGGGGCAAUUACUACCGUUUUCAGCAGAAGUUGUGGCCGACGACGGUGGCGCUGGAGAAAGCCAUGACAGAGCAGCUCUACAGCUCCACAGAACGCACUCCACUGGCGUUGUUGCCACAACCAAAAAGGGAGCCCUCAAGGCGCGCAUUUAUCUUCGAGGGUCAAGGCACAACAGCUCUUCUAGAAGAGGCACAGACGGCGUUGUCCCAAGGCGGAGAAGGAGCAGUGACAAAGAGGGAAGAAGAGGAGAAUAAGGAUGCACUGAACACGGAUUCAGACACUGAUCACAUGGAAGCGAUGCUUGCCAAUCUUCUUCGGGCCGACCAAAACAGUAUUAGCAGUAAGAUCAUCAGCGAAGGGGACCUGCAGGGCACCGUACUCGAGUCUGCUUGUGAUCGUGUCAGGAGCAUCAUUCAAGACGACCUCAGCGUCAACGAUCUGAUGUCGCCUGCAGCAGCAGGGGCCACAUCGUCACACGCGGCGUUAACGCUGCGACGCAAGCUGCCCUCCGCGAAGGAUGACGGCGGAACAGUAUGGGCGGCGCUGGGUCUGGACCCCAUGCUGAGCAGCAGAGCGGUGGCAAAGUACGGGCCAGUUUCCACGCGGCUGCAGUGUCGACUGCUUCCAGCGCUUUUGCAUGAGGACCACAACGAUGUCGUCUUCAAUGGUGUCACAGGGAGUGGGAAGACGAGUGCGCUUCUUCUUGCUCUUCUGCAAGCUGUACGGUCGGAAUCGGUGGGUUUUAACGUUUUCGUGGCACACGACACCAUGACAGCAUUGCGGGCGUACGAUCAUCUGCGUGCACUCUGCGGUCCGUUGGGUGGCACAGUGGUGGACCGCCCGCGCGACGAUUGGUCGUGGAUGUACAUUGGGGUCUUUCGUGACGAAUACGAGAGGUACUACCGCGACCUGCGCCGCUCGCUCCACAGUGACCACGGGCCAGUUCGUAUCUUCAUUACGACCGCAGACACCAUGUGUCAGUUGCUGUUUGAAAAGAAAAUGGAGUUUGAAGCAUUUGGUUACCUUCGUCGAGUCUAUGUGGAUGAUGUUGGCGUGCAGCUGCCGAUGGUGUCGCCCGACGCCCCUGUGGCGGAGAUGCGAGAGCGCCUACGCAACCCACUCGCGUGUGAGCUGUUCCUGGGGACGCUACAUCAACUCCCUGGGCCGCACGUCCGCUCUGUUCUCCAGCUCGGCCUGGUGUCGGCUGACAUGCACAGGCCACUCAAGGAUCACUUGAAGGCGCUCUGUCUUAAACCGGAGCGGCACACCAUUGUCCUCUCGCCCGUGCGGGUUCCUUCCACAAUACACUGCCUCUUCAGCUUUCAUCUGUAUCACGAGGAUGUGUACGAGUACACCCUCAAGCUGAUAUGGAAUGCAAGGGAUACUAUCCCUGGCCGAGCAGUGAUAUUUGUUCGCUACGAAGACGAUCUGCUCCAGGUGCGGGCGAAGCUACGGGGUCUUGGCAUGAAUGCCAAGAUUUUUUCAGAGAUUUACCACAACGGCGAGUUUCGCGACACGUGGAAGUUCCUUCUUCUCCGCGAGUCGGAAGCGUUUGGGGUCGACCUACCCCUUGUUUCACACGUAUUCAUUACAUUCUGUCCUCGCAGCACGUGCUCCUAUCAGCACAUGUGCGGCCGAACUGGGCGGCUCGGAAAUAUUGGCUGGGUGUACACCAUCACCGAGAAGCGCGACGCCAAGAACGUCCGGGAGAUCGCCACCCAAUUGGAAGUGGACUUUUGCGACCAUGUCAUUGACUGUAAUCUACUGCAGGUAUCACCGAAAGAUAUUGAACGCCAGACGAAGGAGUAUGAGUUGUACGGACUAGAUCCUCAGUAUGCAGUGAGGCAGCAUUACAUAGUCCAGAGUGAAAAUCCAGACAUGGCAUACCGCAGCCGCGAGUUCUUUAGCAAGCCUGCAGCCAAGCAGUUCCAAAUGGAGGAUUACACACCGACACCAGUGUUGCAUAGACGCUUUGUCAAUGCGAAGAAGCUGGCAGUGGACGUAGAACGCGAUCCUUCGGUGGUGGUUUCCUUGCAGAAAAAAGGCUUACUUGAUAAGAAGCUGGCUCCGACACGACGCUUAAAAUCGCUUUUAAACAAGAAGAGUCAUGGCCACAAUGCAUCACCAUACAAUGUGAAGAGUGGCAUUAAAUGA